UCCUCAGCCGCCGCCGCUGCCCGACUGACUGACUGACAUGGCGGAGCAGAGCUACUCCUGGGCGUACUCCCUUGUCGACUCCAGCCAGGUGUCAACCUUCCUCAUCUCCAUCCUCCUCAUCGUCUAUGGCAGCUUCAGGUCAUUAAACAUGGACUGCGAGAACCAGGAGAAAGACAAGGAUGGAAACCCCACCGCCAGUGGCUCCUUCAACAAUGCCAACUCUAACAACAGUAUUCAGACCAUAGACUCCACACAGGCGCUGUUCCUGCCAAUCGGAGCCUCCGUGUCUCUGCUCGUCAUGUUUUUCUUCUUUGACUCGGUUCAGGUGGUCUUCACCAUAUGCACUGCAGUUCUAGCAACCAUUGCAUUUGCGUUCCUUCUGCUGCCGAUGUGCCAGUAUCUGACCAGACCCUGCUCCCCACAAAACAAGAUCUCAUUCGGCUGCUGUGGCCGCUUCACGUUGGCGGAGCUGCUGUCGUUUUCGCUCUCUGUCAUGCUGGUUCUCAUCUGGGUGCUGACGGGCCACUGGCUGCUCAUGGACGCUCUUGCCAUGGGUCUCUGCGUGGCUAUGAUUGCGUUUGUGAGGCUGCCGAGUCUGAAGGUGUCGUGUUUACUGCUGUCAGGCCUGCUCAUCUAUGAUGUUUUCUGGGUCUUCUUCUCCGCCUACAUCUUCAACAGCAACGUGAUGGUGAAAGUGGCCACACAGCCUGCAGACAACCCACUGGACGUGCUGUCACGCAAACUUCACCUGGGGCCUGGCAUGGGUCGGGACGUUCCCCGUCUCUCGCUGCCCGGCAAGUUGGUGUUUCCUAGCUCCACCGGCAGCCACUUCUCCAUGCUGGGCAUCGGCGAUAUCGUCAUGCCAGGCCUGCUGCUGUGUUUCGUGCUGCGAUAUGACAACUAUAAAAAACAGGCCACCGGCGAAGUGCCCGGCCCUGCCAACAUGUCAGGCCGCAUGCAGAGGGUUUCCUACUUCCACUGCACCCUCAUCGGUUACUUUGUUGGUCUGUUGACUGCAACCGUGGCCUCUCGUAUUCACCGCGCGGCCCAGCCUGCUCUCCUGUACCUGGUGCCCUUCACCCUGCUGCCUCUGCUCACUAUGGCCUACCUGAAGGGGGACCUGCGGCGCAUGUGGUCCGAGCCCUUUCACGCCAAAUCCAGCAGCUCCCGCUUCCUGGAGGUAUGAUGCUGCUCCGGCCAGCCUCCCGAACUUACCAGAGAAAGAGAGAAAGAGAGAGGUCGGAAGAGAGGAACCGCACUCGUCUUCUCAUCAUCCCUCAUUCCUUUUGUCAUCCUCCAGCCAGCGGAUGAACAGCCGUACGCGGACUUCACUGCCAGAUGGAUUCAUGCGCUCCACACGUCUCCAUAGCUGUCCUUUCCUCCUUUCUUCCUAUUCAUUCCAUCUUUAUCUCUCUGUCUCUCUCAGUCUCUCUUUCUUCUAUCCCAUCAUCCCUUUUUCCUGUUUUACUGAACUAAGCUACACUUUUCCGGAUCUGGACGUGACCGGAGCCUGUUUGAGCUCCACGUGUGUUUCCAUUUGUGCCGUCUGGCUCCAUUAUGGAUUUACAGACUGCGACUUCUUGAUUAUUUACUGAUCUAAACG